AUGAUACUGAUCUGCGGAAGAGCUUCUGGAUCAGGGCAUAUUAAAAAUAUACUGUUACCUCUUGGAAGUACACCAGCAUUCCUUUCAGGUGCACGAACAGUUGGGGCACCUGGAAAAGCUGGAGUAGGCGCACCAGCACCUCCAAACUGGCUGGGGAAGCCUGGAGGUUGCGGUGCACCUGGAGCUGUGGGCAAAGGCUGUCUCUGCAAGAAAGAUGGCGGUGGCGGCGGCGGUGGUCUUGGUGUUGGCGGCGGUGGCGGAGGCGGCGGUAAAGGCUGCAGCUGGAAUGGUUGUGGUGGGGGUGGAACUGGAAAACUUGGCUGCUUCCCACCUGGAACAACAGUAGGUGGUGAGAAUACCUUACCUGUAGGUGGUGAAACAGGCAGUUCAAAUGGCUUUGGUGCUGGUGGUGGUGUGGGUAUGGGAACUGGAGCAGAUUGGAUAGUAGGUGGAGGGGAAACAGCUUUACCAGGCACAGGAAACAAUGGUAGCUCAAAUGGUUGCGGUGGAGAUGGUAUUUUCCUAGCCCCUGUGAUACUAGGCGGCAGUGAUGGUGGUUUAGGUAGUUCAAAUGGCUUUGGAGGAGAUGGGAGUGGAGGCCUAGAUGGUCUGAGAGAGGGACUUGAAAGUGGAGGUGAAGAUAGGGAGGGUGGUCGUAGUGGAGAUGGUUGGGGAAUGGGCAAAGGUUUUGGCACUGUUUUAACUCCAGGUUUUGGGAGGACAGGUGCAGGAAAUUGUGGCUGUGCUGUGGGUAUUGGUGGUGGCUUACCCACACCUGGACUGGCACUGGGGCGAAGCUGGGUGGUGGCGCGGGCACCACAACGAUGCCAUGAGUGGGCGGCGCUCCUGGGACGGCAGGCGAGGGGGCAGCGCCCAGAGGUCUGCCCGGCACCAGGCCAGGAGGCCCGUAUUCCAGCGACGGUGUCGCUGGCCAGCUACCACCCGGCGCCCACAGUGACGCGUACCAUACCUGUGUAUGUUCCAGCCAGCACAGUGAUGUGA